AUGUCCAGCCUCCCUCCUGUCUACAUUGCCUCCGUGGCACGAACCCCGGUGGGAUCUUUCCUCGGGUCUCUCUCCAGCCUCACGGCUACUCAGCUCGGCUCUCACGCUAUUAAGGCUGCUGUUGAGCGAGUUCCUGAGAUCAAGCCCGAGGACGUUGAGGAAGUCUUCUUUGGCAAUGUGCUCUCGGCUGGCCUGGGCCAGGCUCCUGCCCGUCAAUGUGCCAUCAACGCUGGUCUCAGCGACGCCGUGGUGGCCACAACGGUGAACAAGGUCUGCGCCUCGGGGCUCAAGGCCAUCAUUCUGGGCGCCCAGACCAUCAUGACCGGCAACGCGUCCAUUGUCGUGGCUGGAGGCACUGAGUCGAUGUCCAACACGCCUCACUACCUCCCCAACCUGCGCACGGGCGUCAAGUAUGGUGACGGCACCCUGAUCGACGGCGUGCAGAAGGACGGUCUGAGGGACGCCUACGGCAAGCAGGAGCUCAUGGGCAUGCAGGGCGAGCUGUGCGCCACCACCCACGACAUCACCCGUGAGCAGCAGGACGAGUACGCCAUCAAGACCUACCAGAAGGCCCAGGCCGCCACCGAGGCCGGUGUCUUCAAGUCUGAGAUCGCCCCCGUUGAGGUCAGCGGCGGUCGCGGCAAGCCCGCCGUCAAGGUUGACCGUGACGACGAGGUCAAGAACCUGAACAUCGACAGGCUCAAGAGCGCCAGGCCCGUCUUCAUCCCCGGCACCGGCACUGUCACCGCUGCUAAUGCCUCCCCCAUCAACGACGGUGCCUCUGCCGUGGUCCUCGUCUCCGAGGCCAAGUUGAAGGAGCUGGGCAUCAAGCCCAUCGCCAAGAUCCUCGGCUGGGGAGAUGCCGCCAACGCGCCCGAGAAGUUCACCACCGCCCCUUCGCUGGCCAUCCCCAAGGCCAUCAAGCACGCCGGCCUGACCGCCGACAAGAUCGACUUCUACGAGAUCAACGAGGCCUUCUCCGUUGUUGCCCUGGCCAACAUCAAGCUGCUGAACCUCGACCCCGAGACGGUCAACGUUUUCGGCGGCUCCGUCGCCAUUGGCCACCCACUUGGCUGCUCCGGCGCCCGUAUCGUCACGACCUUGACGACGGUUCUCAAGGAGAAGAAGGCCAAGAUCGGCUGCGCCGGUAUCUGCAACGGCGGCGGCGGUGCUUCCGCCAUCGUGAUUGAGAGCCUGCAGUAA